UUCACUGAUAUACGGAAUCCAUUCUUACAAAUACUAUAAUAGGUUAAGAUCUGGUGAAGUACAAUAGCAACCUUGUAAAAUACACAGUUUUGGUUUCCCCUUCCUCCUUUAUUUCCCCUUCUACACAGGUUCUGUUUCUCUUUCUCUUUUUCUCUCUUUUAUUUACAUCUCACCAUGUUUAGUGCCCAUAUAAUUAUGUGCUUUUUGCACUUUCAAUAAGGAUUUUUUUUUUUAAAAAAAGACAGGAUAAAGUCCCAGCGAUUCAAGCUGCAUUGUCUCCAGCUGAGGCUCAUUGCUCUUAUUCCUUCUCUACAGCUGGCAGGGGAGGCAAGGCUGCUUGGAACGCAAGGCAGCUGUGAAGGGGCUGGGUCUACAGCAUUUAAAGCCUUCCUCUCCUGCCCUGGUCCUCUUUGGGGCACAGUGGGUGGUGGGUUAAUUUUGCAGUCAGAAUGGGGCUGUUAGCUUCUGUUAGCGGUGUGCUGUUGUGUGUAGUAAUUGGUGUGGUGGACAUCGCAGGCCCUUGGGAGUUGUCUGGGGAUGAUCUAGUUUGGAGAUCUCCUUCCAGGACUGUCCCUCCAGUGGGACAGCCUCGCGGCUCAGUCUUGUCUCGGUCUUCACCCUGGGCUUGGAUGGACGUUCCCCAGCUGAGGGUUUUAUCCCUCCUGACUCCCGUGACUGUGCAUUGCAUGGAGGCUCAGGUGGUCGUAACUGUGAACAGGGACCUGUUUGGGACAGGGAGGCUCAUCCAAGCUUCAGACCUAAUCCUGGGCUCUCAUGGUUGCCAACACACUUCCUUUGACGAUGCAGAGAAUUUGGUGGUCUUUGAAGUUGGGCUCCAUGAGUGUGGCAGCAUCUUACAGAUGACUCCAGACUCUCUUGUCUAUAGCAUAAGCCUCUACUAUAGACCUAAUCCUGGAAGUAACUCUCAAAUCAUCAGGACCAGCCCAGCUGAAGUUCCUAUUGAAUGUCACUAUCCAAGGAAAGACAAUGUGAGCAGCAAGUCCAUCAGGCCAACGUGGAGUCCUUUCAGCUCUACCAUUUCUGCAGAAGCAAGGUUGGCCUUUUCGUUGCGUCUGAUGAACGAUGACUGGAGUGCGGAGAGAACCAUUAAUAGGUAUCAGCUGGGAGAUGCCAUGCACAUUCAGGCUGAUGUUAAUACUGAGAACCACGUGGUUCUGAAGCUCUUCAUUGACAACUGUGUGGCCACGCUGAGCCCAGACAGAGACUCUUCUCCCAGUUAUUCUAUAAUUGACUUCAAUGGAUGCCUGGUUGAUGGGAGAUCAGAUGACUCCAGUUCAGCCUUUGUGUCCCCAAGACGCAGAGAAGAUUCUCUCCAGUUCACAGUUGAUGCCUUCCAGUUUGCAGGAGAUAAUGGAGGCUUGGUCUACAUUACUUGCCACUUGAAAGUCACAGCAGCUGAUCAGCCUCUUGGUCCUCUGAACAAGGCUUGCUCUUUCAACAAAGCAAGGAACAGCUGGACUCCCAUUGAAGGUGCUGCAGACAUCUGCAGCUGCUGUGAGAGGAGGAACUGUAUGCCACCUGGAGGCCGGUCUGGAAGGAUGGAUCCCUGGUGGAGAGAGACGAGAGGACGCUUCCAGAGAGAUGCUCCUGUUAUUGUGCAUGGUGACUCUUCGGUGGGAAGAGCAGAGGCUGACGUGGUGAUAGGACCUGUUGUCCUGGGUGUCCCAAAGAGUUUGGGGCAUCUUCCUGAAAACCAAAGAACCAUGGGGGCAAUGGAAGAAGGUACCCAUGAGAUGUCUCUGUUGACAAUGGCAGGACUGUCCAUAGCAACUGUCUUCCUAGCUUUGACAUUGGGGAUUCUGGGAUAUCUCAUUGCCUGCAAGAAAAAAGCCACUCCAAUUCUACUCCAAUCUCAGAGCUUUCUGGAAAAGCUGUGUAAAAUAAAAUAAAAA